AUGUACGCCUUCCUCACGCCACCAGUGCCCUCUCUCUCUGCUUUACCCCCAGAACUGCUCCUUCACAUUAUUCCGUAUCUGCCUCCGGAUGCUCAGCUUGCUCUGUCCCUCACGACCAAACGCCUUUACCACAUUCUUGCUGACCAGGUUCCAAAAUGGUCUGAAAUUACAUCCAGUGAACAAUACCCCUUUUUAUACCUCUUGGAAAAGUUGAAACUCUCAACUCCGUCCAACAGCAAUACCCCGGUGGCUUGCUGCAGCGGCUGCUCACUCACUCACCUCAGAUAUAAUUUUGUUGAUGAGGAGCUUGCAAAAUCUGCGGACCGUCGAGUAUGCAGAGAAGCUACGAAAUCCUUUUGGCUCAACGCAGAUACCCAAUAUAGCUUUAACGACCUGACCACCCACCGCGACGCAGACCGCGGCUGGGUCAGCGAGGAUGGCCACCUUCGUCGCAACAGCACGCUCAGUUUCACCAUCUUCACUACAUAUAAGAUUCUCUCCCUACCCAAAUCUACACAAGCUUCCCGCAAAAAAAUUGCCAGCAUUCUUCACACUUUCGACCUUCCCUCCUGCCCUCACACCAGGCUGAGCAACCCCCUCGUCCUCGAAGGAUACGUCCCCAACGCCCAUCCUGUCGACGCCCAACCCCUCUAUGAUACUCACAACGCCGCAGGCAAAUGUCGAUUUCCAGCCUGCAAAACGCACUUUUAUUGGAUCACCCGUACUCACGCCAGUAAACCCGACUGGAAAACUCUCUACCUUGAAAUUCAACGUGACAUCGGUAGGCUCGUGAACCCGGAUGCUCCUGCCUGGCUCGCGCAGCUCAUCGCCCCGAACACCGAUAAUCUCACCAAAUUCUGGAACGACCGCAUGCAAUGGAAACGCCAGAUGCUCGUCUACGAGGAACGCAAAUAUGAACAGGAACAAUUGCAGCAGCAACAGCCACGACUAUCAAUAUCAUCGUCGCCAUCACCGAUGACUUACAUCAAAUCCACCCUUGCCACACUCCCAAGCCCCCAGCCUGCCCCAAACCACUCGGUCGAUACCAACGAAGGCCGGCGCGAGGAACAUGCUCCUACGCGACCCGAGCCCGUUGACGAUGAGACACAGCUUUUCACCGCCAUCUGGGGCGCCGGCAUCCCCGCCGCUCAUGCUGAAUUUAGAAGAAAAUAUAAACGGGCGAAUAGAGCAAAGUUGUGGCAGGACACAGUGGUCCAAUGUGUCGGUUCGAUCCUAACCGUUGUUGGUCCCCGGUAA